GACGGGGGAGAGAGACAGGAGUGACGGGGGAGAGAGACAGGAGUAACGGGGGAGAGGUGACAGGUGAGAGAGACAGGAGUGACAGGUGAGAGAGACAGGAGUGACGGGGGGGAGAGGUGACAGGUGAGAGAGACAGGAGUGACGAGGGGAGAGGUGACAGGUGAGGGAGAGGAGUGACAGGGGGGAGAGGUGACAGGUAGAUGGAGAUAUACAGGUGAGAGGGCUAUCAGGGGUAAGGGAGACGCUGGAUGUGAGGGGGGAUAUAAGGCUCUGAUAGUUCCUGCAUAGAGGACGAUACAGAGCUGCAGUAUUUAUACACCUCACGCUAGGUACAGAGACACAGGCCAGCGUAGACAGGGAAAGCAUCGCCAAGUCAUCUGAUGGAUGUCUGCUGAGAGGAGCACGAGACAUCCAGCCUUACGGCUCCUGCAUUGCUGAGUGCCCGAAGACACCUCAUGGGAGAAUCUACAUGUGCCAAAGACAACGUCCCUCGUGUGUGCCAAAAAGAAUCCCGGUAGACCUUUGUCCCUGUGGGUGUGACGGCCGCUGAGCACCUGGCACUCUCCUCUGUGACACAUCUCACGUCUGCCAGACAUGGACAGUACCAUGAAGCUGAUGGAAAGCUACCAGGGGGCAUCGCAGGGGUACAGGGUGCCCGGGCAUGGCUGGAGAAUCUGCCUAGCACAUGAAUUUACAGAGAAGAGGAAACCCUUCCAGCUGGAGAAUGUGUCCACUACCGAAAUCCUGUCUCAUCUCCCCCUGGGCAUCAGGUACCUCUUCUUUUGGUGCCGGAAGACAUAUGUAGAGAAGAAAGCGCCAUUUAUAGACAUGUUCAACUCUAUCCCUUUGCGGCAAAUCUACGGGGCUCCUCUUGGCGGAAUCGGGGGAGGAACGAUCACACGUAGCUGGCGUGGGGAGUUCUGUCGCUGGCAGCUGAAUCCAGGUCUAUACCACUACAAGACGGUUACAGAGAACCAGUUCACAGUGUGUAUCCGGCGCAGGGGCCAGACCGUGUACCAGCAGGUCCUCUCCAUGGAGCAGCCACACACUCUGCAGGGAUGGAACUGGGGCUACUGUGGCAAUCAGGCUUUCUAUCAUGCCUUGUACCCGCGGGCGUGGAUCGUCUACUAUCUCCCGGGGCAGAGCAUCACUCUCACCUGCCGUCAGGUGUCCCCAAUUAUCCCUCAUGACUAUAAGGACUCCUCUCUGCCACUGGCUGUCUUCAUUUGGGAUGUGGAGAACUCGAGUGAUGAGGAGACUGAGGUUUCCAUUAUGUUCUCUAUGAGAAACGGCAGCGGGGCCAAAACUGACCGAGCUGGGGGCCACUGGAAUGAACCAUUUAAUUUGCACAACAACGGGGUUCCAGUCACUGGUGUCCUGUUACAUCACUGUUCCUGCCCCAACCCCUUCACUCUGGGGAUUGCCGUGCGUGAGAGGCCAGGCACUCACAUCUCCCACUGUACUGAGUUUGACCCGUGCGGGAUGGGGAAGGAGAUCUGGAAAGACUUGCUGGAUGAUGGCCGCCUGAACUCUACAGGCCCGAGCGCUCCCUCCAAGUCGGGUAAGAAGACGGCGGCGGCGGUGGCGGCAGGGUGCACGGUGGGACCAGGAGGAGGCGGCUCCCUGGAAUUCUGUCUGAGCUGGGAUAUGCCCAAGAUUCGCUUCGGUGCUGGAGGAAAGGAAUACUGCAGACGGUACACGCGGUUUUUCGGCAGUGACGGUGAUAUGGCGCCCGCCCUGUGCCAGUACGGCUUAUCCCACUAUGAGGACUGGGAGCAGAAGAUUGAAGCCUGGCAAGCUCCUUACCUGCAGGAUGUGCACCUCCCGUCCUGGUAUAAGUCCGCUCUGUUUAACGAGCUGUACUUUGUGGCGGAUGGAGGCACGGUGUGGGUGGAGGUUCCAGCUGAUGUGACAGACGAUAACCUCAUGAAGAUUGGGCAGAAGGAGCUGGGUGGCAUGGGAAGCCUUCUCCAGGAAUAUGGACGCUUCGCCUACCUGGAAGGCCAGGAGUACCGCAUGUAUAACACGUAUGAUGUGCAUUUCUACGCAUCGUUUGCUCUCAUCAUGCUGUGGCCGCAGUUAGAAAUAAGUCUUCAGUACGACAUGGCUGCCGCCAUUCUGCAGGAGGAUCUGGAGCAGAGGAAAUAUCUUAUGAGUGGCUGCGUAGCUCCUGUGAAGAUCAGAAAUGUGGUUCCCCAUGAUGUUGGAGACCCUGAGGAUGAGCCGUGGCAGAAGCUCAAUGCCUAUAUCAUACAUGACACUGCUGACUGGAAGGACCUGAACCUUAAGUUCGUGUUACAAGUAUAUCGAGACUACUGCCUGACCAAGAGCUCCACCUACCUCAGGGACAUGUGGUUAGUCUGCCAGGCUGUGAUGGACACAUCCUUGAAAUUUGAUAGUGACGGCGAUGGACUGAUAGAGAAUUCUGGGUUUGCUGAUCAGACAUACGAUGGUUGGGUGAUGACAGGACCAAGCUCAUACUGUGGGGGUCUAUGGCUGGCCUCCGUGUGUGUGAUGUGUCAGAUGGCCGUAAUCCUGGAUGACACCGCUGUGUACAACAAGUUUUCCAGUAUUCUCAGUAAGGGAAAAGACGCCUUUGAAAAGCUGCUAUGGAAUGGGAAAUAUUAUAACUAUGACUGUGGGGAGCAGGCCUAUCGUGACAGUGUGAUGUCUGACCAGUGCGCCGGACAGUGGUUCCUACGCGCCUGUGGGCUGGGCCGUGGAGAGACUGAGGUGUUCCCCAGUGCGCAUGUGCUCAGCGCCCUGAAAACCAUAUAUGAAUUAAAUGUGAAGCAGUUUGCAAACGGGCAGAUGGGCGCAGUGAACGGAAUGCGCCCAGAUGGAACCAUUGACAAAUCCAGCGUCCAGUCCGAUGAGGUGUGGAUUGGGGUGGUGUACGGACUAGCAGCCACUAUGAUUUAUGAGGGGCUGGUGGAGGAAGGGCUGAUGACGGCGGAGGGCUGUUACCGGACGGUGUGGGAGCGGCUGGGCAUGUCCUUCCAGACACCAGAGGCGUACUGUGAGAGGGAUGUGUACCGCUCCCUGGCGUACAUGCGACCACUGAGUAUUUGGGCGAUGCAGCUAGCACUGGACGAGCGUGCUUGUGACAAGACCCCAGGACCUGCUAAUGGAGAACCACAACAAUCGCUAUGAUUUCUACUUGUGAAGUGACCUAUGACCUCUCACGCCAUAGACUGCUACAUGGGUGGAAGUGAUUCUAUUUCUCUGAGAUUCUACAUGGAGAUGGAUAGAUGACGUCUGUCCCAUAUUCCCACCAUGACUUCUUCAUUAUUUCCACAGUUGCUCAAACGUUUAAAUCAUCUGACAAUUUCCCGUUUUGCUUAUAAUAUUAAUGAUCCUGUGUAACAUAAACGUUUUGCGUGUUCCCUGUAUGGAGGGAGUACAGGUAUCACACGCUGUAGCUGUCCUUCCUCUUCCUCCAUAUGUCCUCGUAUUCCUCUUGGCUAUUUUAUGCUGACAUUGGUGCCAGCGGUGGGAUAUUUGUCUGUAGAAUUGCACGGUGCUGCUGUUGCUCUUCUGUAUAUAGAGAAUACAGUUCUUCUCUGUUUUAUGUAUUAAUCAGUGACAGUGUAAGAAUGAGGCCGCCAGGGCACAUAAUGAAUAGACUGUAUGACGGUUCUCUGAUAGCCAGACCCUGCGGUAAUAGUGACUGAUCAGAAAUUAUGAAUUGAUAAAUACAGUGUGUGCACGUCAGGAACAUGAAAUGUAGCAUGGGGAUAUGCCAUUCCUGCUGAGCCACAUACAGGUAAAUAAUAUAACUCCUUUCCCUGUAUAAUAGAAGACAGACCAGUGUUAUAAUGGCUCCUGUAUUAUAUGCACUCCUACUGUACAGUACAGUCCUCCCUCUAACCCAAUCUACACUGGAGAGCGGCUCCUAUACAUUCUCAAACAGUCCCCUGUCUGACUUAUGCGGGCAGUAUUAUUGCGGUUACUUUAUUAUAUACCCUCCCCUAAUCCACUCUGCACUGGCCAGUAUUAUUAUGGCUCCGUGUUAUAUACCCUCCUGCUGCUGCACUGUGUAAUACAGUGUAUUGUAUCCUCUCCUGUACAGUAAAACCUGACAUGCUCUACACUGGCCAAUAGUGUUACAGUUCCGGAAUCAUACACUCCCCACCUGCUGUACAGUAUAAUCUCUGUAUAUCACGCUGCAGUGUGGACAGUGUUAUUGCAGCUCCUGUAUCAUACACUCCCCACCUGCUGUACAGUAUAAUCUCUGUAUAUCACGCUGCAGUGUGGACAGUGUUAUUGCAGCUCCUGUAUUAUACACUCUCCACCUGCUGUACAGUAUAAUCUCU